AUGAUGAAGACUCCGGCCGGCGUGCGCAUGCGCAUGGCGCUCAGUCACCAGCGCAAUCUCCGCUAUGUGCUGGUGGCAGCUUGUGGUGCGCUGCUGUUUGUCAUGUAUCUGCUUACGAAGACGCCCACGCCUUACACGUACGACAAGUUGUCGGACGAGGAGGACAAGCGCUUCAACACGCAGGCCAUCAUGGACCAGUGGCCAGGCCAGUGCCAGAUUAAGAACUUUGAGCAGCUGCGUCGAAUGUCCAUCGUCUACACGUGGGUCAACGGCAGCCAGCCCUGCUAUCGCGAGCUCCGCGAAAAGGCCGGUGGCAAACACGCCGUUGGUGGUUCCCGCGACCGAGAGAUCGGAGAGCUCAUGUACUCGAUCCGCUCGCUCGAGAAGUACGUGCCUUGGCAUACUGGCCAGAUCUACAUCGUGUCUCCUGGCCACAUCCCGCACUGGGUCGACAUAAAUAACCCGCGCAUCAAGGUGAUCAACCAGGACGAUCUGUUCCAGGACUACGCCAAGCAGUUCCUGCCCACUUUCAACACGCACGUGAUUGAGCAGUUCCUGUACCUCAUCCCCGGCCUCUCGGACAUCUACAUGCAAGUGAAUGACGACUAUUUGUUCACCAAACCCAUCGCUCCACACGAGUUCUUUUCGUGUGACGGCGGCAUCCGAUUGCUGCACGAGAAUGGACUCAUCUCCCACACGCCGCCAACUCCGAAGAAGGGAAUUUGGAUCGCCUCAGUUCUCAAUACGCAGCAAGAAAUGGAUCUACGCUGGGGUAAAACGGACCGCCACUUCAUCAAGCACGCGCCGUUCGUGUACUCGCGUCGUGCAUUCGAGCGUGUCCACCAGAUCUUUGACCGUCCACUGUACAUGACGCUCAAGAGCAAGUUCCGUGGUAAGCCUGAUAUGAACAUGCCGCUGUUACACCACUACUAUAUGGUGGCACAGGGUAGCGAAGAGCUCGGUAUCCCUGUCUACUCACCUCCCGAAGAGGAAAUGUCUGGGUACAAGCUCAUCCUGAUGCAGAACAACAACAUUGACAAGCUCAAACAGACGUUCGGACAGAUUCUGGACGGCUCUACGCCAUACAAGAUUGUUGCACUUAAUGACGAGUACUCCGACAUGCGUGUGGCAGACACAGCGCUUGAGUUCCUCAACAAGUUUCUGCCUACGCCCAGCUCAUUCGAGCGUAAGCCCGACUCGAAGCCUCAUGCGCUUACUGUACGUAAGCCUGGUACUUGCGAGGUGGAUCCGACGGUCCUGUCACCGUUCCCGCGGCGAGUUGAGGCUGCGCCCAAGUACCAAGUGAUCGCGUACCGUGAACUGCGCUGGGUGGCUUUCACCAACUCGCUCCUGCGUGGUAUUGGCUUCGGUCUGGGUGCGAUUAUCAUGUACAUCUUCUACCUGCUCGUGCUGCGUCCCAGUAAGGCACCAAUGGGUUCGAACGGUGCCUACGAUAAGGUGUAAGCGUGCUGGAUGGAUUAUGUGCAGAGUGUUUUACGAGCAAAGGGCAAGACCGUCGACGACGUGGGUCUGCAGGCCUGUGGAAGACGAGGUUGGUAGGUUUAGUAUGUGUAUCUACAGCACGAAGGCAAAUGUGCACACUACUCGUCAGCGUUCUGUGCAGAAUAGACGUUGCGAU